UUCUAGUAAUUUGCAACUUGAUAUUUUUUUUGGCAACAAAGAUAAUGACAAAAGUUGCAAUUUGAAAAUUUAAUUUUAGUAGAUUUUGUUUACAUCCACAUUGACAUGUUUGUUGCGAGGAGAUGCGUGCCGGUGUCGGUCCUUUAAGAAUUUUGUUAUUGUUGUGCGUACUUUUACGCGCAUUUAAGUUAAAGCCAACCAAAGCAUGACAAACAUCUACAUUAAAACGCCGUCGUUUGGUAUUUCGACAUUUCAGUUUCACCAUUCUAAUUUCGUUUUCCAAUACAAUAAUUUUCAAAGGAAUCAGCUUUGAGUUUUGAGCUUUUUGGGUUUCUCCCUGCACCUAAAAUAAACGCCAGAAAAAAAAAACAAUUCUCAUAGGGGGUCGCCACCAAACCAAGACCCCCUACGCUAAGUCCUCCGUUUUCUCCUCACGUUUUUUGUUGGCGAUCACGCGGGUUUUAACACCUCUCUUUCGUUGUUCUCUGUGGGUUUGGGUUUUGUGUGUGGGUGAGAAGCGAUUUUCUCGUGCUUUCAAUUUUUUUUGUCACAGGGAUCUCAUUCGUGCCUUCUUUGAUUAACCCCCUCCCCCCCCAGCAGGUUCCUGGCUUCUUCACUGUCAGGAGGCCAGAGAGAAACCCAGUGACUCACUCCUGCAGUUGCAUGCUACAAUUAGAGUCUGGUACUUUGGAGAAGAUAUGGGAAUCUUUUCACGCAGUUCGAAUAGUCGGAAAUCAAAAGAUGGAAUGAAGAUCAUUGCAGCAGCUUUUUUUGGUGUAACUUUUGGCUUUCUCAUUGGAAUAUCUUUUCCAUCAUUGUCAAUCACUAAGGUGAAUCUCCCAACAAAAUUUCUUGCUUCAAACGAUCUCUCAUACAUAGAGGAAAAGGGUUCGGCCAUUGCAACUCCAGAUAGUCAUAAAUCUUGGUCUUCAUCAAAGAGUAACGAUACCAGCUCAUCUGCUCCAAUCGACAAAUCACAGAUAUGGGUUCCUUCAAAUCCUCGUGGUGCUGAAAGAUUGCCACCUGGUAUUGUUGCUGCUGAAUCAGACUUCUAUUUGCGCAGAUUAUGGGGCUUACCUCAUGAGGAUUUGACCAGGCAACCAAGAUACCUCGUGACGUUUACUGUUGGUAUUAAACAGAAACAAAAUAUCGAUGCUUGUGUCAAAAAGUUUUCAGAGAACUUCACUAUUCUCCUGUUUCAUUAUGACGGCCGAGUAACUGAGUGGGAUGAGUUUGAAUGGUCCAAGACUGCUAUACACAUUAGUGUCAGAAAGCAAACAAAAUGGUGGUAUGCAAAGAGGUUCUUGCACCCUGAUAUUGUAGCACGAUAUGAUUAUAUAUUCAUCUGGGAUGAAGACCUUGGGGUCGAGCAUUUUAAUGCCGAAGAGUACAUAAAGCUCGUGAAGAAGCAUGGCCUGGAGAUUUCUCAACCUGGCUUGGAACCAAACAAGGGGUUAACAUGGCAGAUGACAAAGAGAAGAGGAGAUCUUGAAGUCCACAAGAUAACAGAAGAAAAACCUGGAUGGUGCUCAGAUCCUCACCUCCCUCCAUGUGCUGCAUUCGUUGAGAUCAUGGCUCCUGUAUUUUCAAGAGACGCCUGGAGAUGCGUGUGGCAUAUGAUCCAGAAUGAUUUGGUUCACGGUUGGGGACUUGACUUUGCACUCAGAAGAUGUGCUGAGCCUGCACAUGAGAAGAUAGGUGUAGUAGACUCUCAGUGGAUCGUUCAUCAAACUGUCCCUUCCCUUGGCAGCCAAGGUGAGGCAGUAGAUGGAAAAGCGCCAUGGCAAGGGGUGAGGGACAGAUGCAAAAAGGAAUGGACCAUGUUCCAGAGUAGAAUGGCUAACGCAGAGAAGGCUUAUUUCAAAUCUUUACAAGUUGUAGGCUCCUCCAAUACAACAGCAACCACCAUUUAAUAGGAGAGUUGUUAAAUAGUUAGGCCAGAGACGCUGACACACUGUAUUGGAUUUACAUAUAGAGUUAUGUAUAUGAUAAUGUAGUGGAUACUCAUCUAUUAGCUUACAACAAAAUCUUCCAUCGAAUAAACAAAAAAAAAUGAUGAUGUCACAAUCUUGAUCCAUUAAAUAGGAAUUCUGCAUCCAGUGGCUUAUGAUGUAUGAAAUAGUUAAGAUGGUGGGUUUAAUUGAUA